CGUUCCCCUUUUUGGAACUGCGAAAGCAAGCCGCCCUGUCGCCGCAGUGUAUUCUGGGAACCCACAGUAGAUUCAAGAUGGCGGCGAGCAGGAGACUGCACAAGGAACUUGAAGAGAUUCGCAAGUCUGGAAUGAAAAACUUCCGAAACAUUCAAGUGGAUGAAUCCAACAUAUUGACCUGGCAAGGUCUCAUUGUCCCUGACAACGCUCCCUAUGACAAGGGAGCUUUCAGGAUCGAAUUAAUCUUCCCCGCCGAGUACCCCUUCAAGCCCCCCAAGAUCACGUUCAAGACGAAGAUCUAUCACCCCAACAUCGACGAGAAGGGACAGGUGUGUCUGCCCGUCAUCAGCGCAGAGAACUGGAAGCCAGCCACCAAAACUGACCAAGUAAUUCAGUCCCUGAUUGCGUUGGUGAACGACCCCCAGCCAGAGCACCCCCUGAGAGCGGACCUAGCAGAAGAAUACUCAAAGGACCGUAAAAAAUUCUUUAAGAACGCAGAGGAGUUUACAAAGAAACACGGAGAAAAGAGACCAAUGGACUGAUCACCUGACCAGUGUGUAGCCCUCUCUCUCUUUCCCUUUCCCAGCCCUCCAACCAAAUGUCCGUCUUCCCCUCCCUUCUCUCUGUACCUUCCCCCAGUCUCUCCUCCCCAUCUACCCACACACCCUCUCCUCCAUUCUUCCCUCACACAUACUCGUCAUCCUAACAGCCCAGGAGCAGCCUCACCUCAGCACGUGGCUUCAGCCCCAGCCUCGCCCCAGCGCAUGGCUGCCGCCCCAGCCCCAGCCUCGCCCCAGCGCAUGGCUGCCGCCACAGCCUACCUUCAACGCAGGACCCUGGAUCCGACAGGUUUCUCCUCCUCCUGGUGAUAGCUCGAGGCCGUUACUAACUUUCUACUAUUUUCUUAAAUUAAAAAAAUUAAAAAGACAAGAAAAAAUAAAGGGUUAGAGAACUUCCAUGUUAAAGAACUACGGAGGGGGAAAAAAGUAGAAAAUGUAAAAAAUCCAAUGUUUUGCUGUUUGUUUAAAAAGAGGAAAAACAAGAAAUCAUUGCUUGAGUACCGUAUGCCUCUUGUGGUAGCACUAAUUUGUGGAAGGAGAUUCUGUCAGAGAAUGAAAAGUUGUUCUCAUUUUCUUUCUUUUCUUUUUUUCUGUUCUCUAGUCUCAUCUUGUUCUGUCACAAUGUUAGCUAGGCCCUGAAAGUGUGUGCUGAAAUGUUUUCCUUUUGACUUCUUCUCUGCUUCUGGAGUUGCACUGUAUUCUGUGGAACAAACCCUCUCCGUUGUCCAUCCCCUCAGUUUGGCGCAAGCCCACUGAGCAGACGGAAACAAAAUGGCGACCGAUUAAUAAGCCAAUAUUGUCAUCAAUUACAAGUGUAAUUGACUGGAGAGAAUUGUCUCUGUUUUAUACUCCCCACUGGUCCAAAACGCAUUUUUUACGAUUGGAAAACCGAAGAAUACUCAUAAUGUACUUCAGUUUCCAUUCUUUUCUGUUUAUGAGGAUGCCCCUCUUUGUAUUGGACAUAUUUUCUCCAUUUGCAUUCUGAGACUUCCUCCUGAAUUGCUUUUUAGUUAUAGGCAGAAGUUCCAUUCAGUAGAAAAAUCUCCCUCUGUGUUUUUAAGUUGGCUGUAUACCCCACCCACAGGUUAAACGCUUCCUGAGUUUUAGCUGUUCUCUCCUAUACACAUUCGAUGUCACCUGCCGUCUGCUCAAGACAAAGUGGGAAGUAAAAACAGUAGUUCUGACGACUCACAUUUUGUUUGCUGUAAGUCUACUAUCCAGUCUGAUGGCUGUAAGUCUACUAUCCAGUCUGAUGGCUGUAAGUCUACUAUCCAGUCUGAUGGCUGUAAGUCUACUAUCCAGUCUGAUGGCUGUAAGUCUACUAUCCAGUCUGAUGGCUGUAAGUCUACUAUCCAGUCUGAUGGCUGUAAGUCUACUAUCCAGUCUGAUGGCUGUAAGUCUACUAUCCAGUCCGCUCAUCAUCACACCCACCUGUUUUGUCAAACGUCACAUACACAUUUCAAAAUUGGAACCCCACCGCCUUUCACUCUACAUAGAUACAAUCUUGGCACCGUGAACCAAACCUCAUUUGUCAUCACGAGAGACUAUCACACACAUAUCUCAGUGGCUGGUAUAGCCAUUGGAACAGCCCCCCCCAAAAAAGGUCUUAGUGACGUUUCAGGCUUGAUUGGGGCAACGCCAGGGGAGUCUAAAGACUGAGGUUGAGUCCAAAAUGGCACCCUAUUCCCUACAUAGGGUUCUGGUCAUAAGUAGUGCGCUAUAUAGGGAAUAGGGUGCCAUUUUAUACAGAUUGAGUUACCUCACAGAGACGGUGGUCCUAUGUAACAGGCACCUUACACUGAGCUGGGAGAGGUCUGUCUGUCUGCCGGUAGGGUGUAAACAGGACAGGGACUGGAGCAGUUUAACAGCUGUGUGAUUCGGUCCAAUGUUUCAUAAUAAAGAAUGGCUAACCA